AUGGAUCUCAAGGCUGUGCUUCUCGCACUUCUUCUCGCCGUGACCAACGCUCUAGAUCUACCCAAUCUUUCAACAAAUCCCUUUGAAGUCUAUAAAAUUGAAGCCGCAAACAUCACUGCCAAGUUCAUACCAUAUGGCGCUCGUCUCACAUCUCUACUAGUCCCAGACCGCAAUGGUAACGAACAAGACGUGGUCCUGGGCUACGACAAACCAGAGCAAUAUGUGACCGAUACCGAAACAGACCACACCUACUUCGGCGCCGUAGUGGGCCGCUACGCAAACCGCAUCACCAAGGGCACCUUCAAAAUCCACGACGUGGACUACACCGUCUCCAUAAACCAGCCAGAUGGCGACUACACCCUACACGGAGGCAAGGUGGGAUACGAUCAACGAAACUGGACCGUAUCCGACCACACUCCUUCAUCCGUCACAUUCGCUCUAUACGACGAUGCGUUCGAAGGCUUCCCCGGAAAAGUCGUCACCUUUGCCACAUACACCGUCUCAACCAGUGCCGAGGGUCUGCCCCAACUGACCACGAAGCUGGUUUCGUUGUCACUCACGCACAAGACACCCAUCAUGCUCACAAACCACAUCUACUGGAACCUGGAUGCAUUCCUUGCACCCACGGUCGAUGAUCUCUGGCUCCAGCUCCCACUGUCCCGUCGAUUUAUUGGUGUGGGUGGUAAAGAACUUCCGACGGGCCGUCUUGUCGACGCAGCGACGUCGUUCGAUGGUGCAGUGGACUUCUUAGAGGGAAAGCUUAUUGGCAAAGACAUCAACAAGACAGAAGGCCUUUGUGGAGAUAAUUGCGUCGGGUACGAUACGUGCAUGAUUAUCGAUCGGCCGGAUGCGAAGUGCUCAGAUGCAUUGUUGCCAGUUCUCCGAAUGAGAUCGAAGCGGACGGGCAUUAAGAUGGAGGUUUUGAGUGAUCAGCCGGCUGUGCAGAUUUAUACCUGUAACGGGGCUGGUCCGUUCCCUGUUAAGCCUUCACAGAUCAAGCGCAAUCGGAGGCAUGGGGAACAUAAGGGCGUUGAGGUUGUUAACAGCCAUGGGUGUAUUGCGAUUGAGCCUCAGGGUUGGGUUGACGGAAUUAAUCAUGACGAGUGGGAGCAGAGAUCGAAGCAAAUAUUUGGACCUAUGGAUGGGCCUGCUGUUAAUUUGGCAGUCUAUAAGUUCAGUGUUGUUUCUUGA